CCCACACAUAUGUAGGUAUGUACGUGAUAUUUUAAGGUAAACAACGACUAUGUCUCGUUUCCACAUUACUUUAAGUGAUGUACUAGUGUCCGGUUGGUUAUUCACACCACGUGUACAGUAAAAUGGAGACGAUUUCGCCAUCUUUACCCCUCGUUCAAGUUUCGGCAGAAGAGUUGAAAGGCACAAGGAAACGUUUAGGAAUAAAUGAUGUGCAGAUGAUUAGAGAAAGUCUGGACAACGUGGAAGAGUGGUUGAAGAAGCAACCACAUUUGGUUGAAGCCAGUCAGCAUAUGAGUCGUACUAUUUUAGAAAGAUUUUUCGUCCUGGCCAGAGGUUCUGUUGAAGGAACUAAAACAAAAAUCGAAAAACUAUUCACUACCAGGGGAAUGAUGCCGGAACUGUCAAUGCACAAAACUGUGAAUGAAUUCGAAAAACUUUGGGAAGUAGUAAAUUACAUACCUCUUCCAAAAUUAUCACCUAAGGAUCUAACAAGAGUAAUGAUAACACAGUUUUUAACGGAUAAACUUGAUGAUUUCAGUCUGCUCUCCUAUUUUAGAUACAAUUUUUUGGUUGGAGAGUUUAGACUAAAUUACGAUUACUGUGCAUCAGAAACGUUUGUUAUCGAUUUAAAGAAUCUGAGCAUCGGUCAUCUCACUAAAUUGAAUCCCAUAGUUAUUAAAAAAGCAGAAUUAUUGUGCACAGAAGGCUUUGGAACUAAAAUCAAUGGUAUACACAUAGUAAACGCAACACCGUUCGUUGACAAACUACUGUUAAUUUUGAAGUCAUCCCUCAAACCAAAAGUAGCGGAUCGCGUUCAUGUGCACAAGACAUAUGAUGACCUUCAAAAAUAUAUACCGAAGGAAAUUUUACCUAAAGAUUAUAAUGGGAAUGAGCAGUCCUGUGCCAAAUUAGCUGAACAAUGGAAAGAAGUUUUAAGGUCUGAAGAAGCUACAAGAGUAAUAGAAAAUAUGGAUAAACUCAUAACAGACGAAUCGAAGAGGGAUGUCUCGAAAUUUAACGAGGAAUAUUUGGGAAUGCCUGGAUCUUUCAGGAAACUGAAUGUAGAUUAAUCGUAAUAUUUUAUUAUUUUUAAAACAAUAUAAAAUUAUAUGGUUUAUAUAAUUUUAUUAAACCGAAAAAUCCAGUUUCGUAAGUAUUCAAAUGAUGGUGUUUAGAUUUUUAGGUCAAUUAUGUACGUAUUUUAAUUUUUUAGCUUUAUUAAGUGUCGAUACUAUUUAUAUUUAUUUAGUACAAGGGAAUAAAAUAUACGUAAAUAUUAUCUAAGGA